GCGACAUCGGUGAAUUUAAACCGUGUCACAUCCUCGGGAAUUGAUACUUACGAUCGAGAUAUAGCGGCUGGCUCAAAAUUACUUGAUGCGCUGAGGAUGCGCCGUGAUUUCUGCAACGGUGGGCUUGCCUGCGCCGUUGUGUGGGUGUCGUCGACCUGCCUUCUGCUCGUUCUCUCCCUGUCGUCAUCGAUCACCGUAGCAGAGUCAUCGCCGAAGGUCUUCGGUCGAUGUCCGUCCUUCGAGGAGCAGAACGUGUGUCCGUCGCGAGCGCCGGCCUGCGAGAAUGACUUCCAGUGUCAGAGGAACGCGCCGGAGGAACGGUGCUGCAGGACUGCGUGCGGCUUCCGGUGCGUCGCGGGCCAGCUGACCGGAUGCGAGCAACUGGCCCUGGCAGCCGUGAGGCGGUCGCGGGGAGGCCCGUCGCAGUUCGUCCCGCGAUGCGACAACGUCACCGGCGAGUUCGAGAGGAUACAGUGCGAGCCGGAAGGCCAGGUCUGCUGGUGCGUCGACGCGAUCGGCGCCGAAAUUCCCGGCACCAGGUCCCUCGACAAGGAUGCCAUCGACUGCGACAAGCCUCGCGUCUGUCCGGCUCACAGCUGUCGCAUGCUUUGCCCAUUGGGAUUCGAGAUCAACGAGCAUACCGGAUGUCCCAAGUGCGAGUGUCGGGAUCCAUGUCGCGGCGUUACCUGUCCAGGGAGCGGACAGACAUGCGAGCUGAUCGAGAUGAGUUGCGCUCGGCCGCCGUGUCCUCCGCUGCCCAGCUGUCGGAAGGCCAAGUCCCUGUCGACGAUCUGUCCGGCUGGUGAGCCGUUGCAGAUCACCGAUUCGCCGCGGCCGUUCCUCUGCGGUGACACGCCCGGCAAGCCGACCUGUCCGCCGAUGUACAGCUGCCUGGUGGAGGCCGGCCAGGAAUACGGGGUCUGCUGUCCUUCCAGCGUGAACCUGCAGCGAGCCGGCUCCUGUCCGGCGGAGGACUUGGGCGCUCCUUGCGGCCCCAGCUGCCGCUACGACCUCGAGUGUCCUGGGCCCCAAAAGUGUUGCGGCAGCGAGCGUUGCGGCGGCAACGUCUGCGCGAUACCCCGGGGCCUCAGCGUGUGCCAUCGCGAUCGCAUGCUCGCCGAGAUGCUCAGCGUCUCCGAGCGCCAGGGUCGCGGUUACGUUCCGCAGUGUACGGAAGAUGGAGGUUUCGAGACGAGGCAGUGCUCAAGGAACGGUCUUGUUUGCUGGUGCGUGGACGACGAGGGUAGAAAGAUAUCUGGCUCCAUGGGUCCCUCCGAGAAGAUUGACUGUAGAUCGAUAAGCAAGGCGCGCUCGCUUCCGGCGUCUUGCACCCCUCAACAGUGCGCUCAGGUUUGCCAGUACGGCUUCAAAACGGAUGUCUUCGGUUGCCCGACUUGCGAAUGCGACGAUCCGUGCGAAGGAUUUCCUUGCCCCGAAGGACAAGAAUGUACUCUAAAGCGGGAAGACGGCUGUCCAGAUUUUCUCUGUCCAACGAAACCGGAAUGUAAACCUAGAAAGACCUACAAGAGUCCUUGUCUCUUUGGCACGCCGCUGAUCGAUCGGGAUGGAAAUGCCGCGACUUGUUCCGCUAACGAAACUUGUCCCGACGAUUACAAGUGCACGGUGGUACCGGAAGCCGGUCAGUCGGUCUGCUGCCUGAAAGCCCCAAGCCUGGCCAAGGCACCUACAAUGUGCGAGUAUCUGCGAGAUUUCAACGAUCGCAUGGAGGGUACAAGGGAAGGAAUGUCUCUGGCGAUUCCGGCGCCUCAGUGCGAGAAGGAUGGCAGCUUCAAAUCUCUACAAUGUCGCAACAGCACGGAUUGCAACUGCGUAAACCAUCGCGGGGUGAUCCUGAAGACCGGAGUGGACUCCACCGCCUUGGCCGAUUGUAACGCCAUCAAAGAGCUCACGCGAAUCUGCAAGCACCUCUAUUGCAACCUGAUCUGUCCGUACGGCUACGAGGUGGACGCGGCCGGUUGCGAGCAAUGUCGUUGCCACGAGCCCUGCCGCGACGUCGUUUGCGAGCCGCAAGAGACCUGCACGAUGAUCGACGUGAAUUGCGGUCCGGAUCAGUACUGUCCAGCGGUACCAGCCUGCUUGACGACCAAGCCGGGACAGUGCCCGUACCUCGUGCCGAGCUCGUCGAGCUGCGAGCUGCAGUGCAGCAAUGAUCAGGAGUGCUCGUCCGGAGACAAGUGUUGCUCGACCGGCUGCGGCACGCAGUGCGUAGCCCCUGUCAUGGCCACGGCCUGUCAGCACGCCCGCGCGGUCGCCGAACACGCCGCCAGGGAAUCGGGCGAGCCCGCUAGGAGGAUCUACAUACCCAGAUGCGACACAAACGGCGCAUUCGAGCCGUUUCAGUGUCACAAUGGCGUGUGCUGGUGCGUGGACCAGGAGGGCAAGGAAACAGCGGGCACCAGAGUUCUCGAAGGAACCAAGCCGGGAUGCGAUACGCCUUCUAGAUGCCCGGAUAUCGACUGCAAGCUCGAUUGUCCGGACGGCUUUGAACUGGACGCGGACACCGGCUGUCCGACGUGCUCGUGCCGCGAUCCGUGUCGCAGCGUGACAUGUCGCGGCGAGAACGAGGCGUGCAGAAUGGUCGAGGUAGCGUGUAGCGCGCCGCCGUGUCCUCCCGUGCCCGUUUGCCUGCCGAAGAAGGAUAAUCCGUGCCCGAACGGUUCGCCGUUACUCGAGCUGAACGGCUCGAUCGCUACUUGCGGCCCUCACGGUCACCAUUGUCCGACGACGCACAAGUGCGAGCUAUCGCCCCUGGAUGAGUAUGCGGUAUGUUGUCCGAAACCGCGGGAGGUGUGCUUUGAACCAUCCAGGCGAGUACCGUGCAACCCGAGCGCAGGCUUCAACGAAACCGAGAGGUGGUUCUUCGAUCCUGAACGUAACGAGUGUCGACAAAAGCACGAGUGCACUUUGGGCCACAACGACUUCUCCAGCAAGCUGGUAUGCGACACCGUGUGUCCCGUGUUAUCGCAAUGCGAGAGGCUGCGCGAAAAGAACCUGAAGAGGUCUCAGAGGCUGAAGCAACCCACGUUCUUGCCCAAGUGCAAUCCCGACAGCGGUACGUGGGAACCGGUGCAAUGUUUGGAGCACGUCGGUGUCUGCUGGUGCGUCAAUCGUAAGGGUCAGCCGAUCAAGGGUUCGCUCAUCAGGGGCGCCGAGCCAAAAUGUAAUUUCCGGCAAGCCAGACGAGGCGGUAGAGGACCGCAGGAAGUAGAUCGUGAGAUUCAGGCAAUCAUGGAGAACACUUUGCUGGACUUGGAGAUGGACGAGCGGCGAGCGGGAAAGAUGCUCGGGACGAGGUGUCAGGCGAUGAAAGACAAGAAUCACGUGCCGAUAAUAUGCGAUCCGCAGGGUAGAUUCGAGCCCACUCAAUGCGCCGGUGAUACUUGCUGGUGCGUCGACGAAGCUGGUAAUCAGCUGAUCGGCUCCGAGCCGUUUUUCAAGGGAACAAGCAUUUGCCUGCCCACGCCGGUCGAGGCCGUCGAGGUGACGUUGCGUUUCCCCGGUCGAUUCCUCGCCGCAGAUGAGGCACGAUUCGCCGAAAAGGCCGAGGACUUUCUACACGAGCUCGGCGCAAUACUUCGGAAAGGCGUGCGAGUGGACAUCAAUCAAGAUUCGGCGAUGCUGAGUUUCGAGAUUGUCGGCGCGAAUAAGGUAGACGUGGCGUUUCAUCUGGAGGAACUCACGCGGAUCCAGCAGCUAUCUAUGCUGGGUUCUUCCGCGGACGCGACGACCUCGCGCUUCAUGCAUCGCUCCACUCCCGUGGCGAUGCAGAGUCGGAUCGUUGCGUUGGAGCAACGCGAGAUUCUCACGCAAGUGGAAACGCCGGUCUAUCAAACGGCCACGCUCGUGCUUGCGGCAGGAAGCGCCUUCAUUAUUAGCAGCCUCGUUAUUCUGCUGAUGCUCUAUCGUAAAAAGAUGAAAAUGAAGGAUUCCACAAAGAUGCUUCCCGUGGACCAACAUUUUCUCGCUUACAGCCAGCAACCGGUCUACGUAAUAUCCGGGACGGAGCAGGAGAAGGAGAAGGAAGCUGCGGCGCAGCAGAUGCUGAAAGAUAUUCAUACGUCGGAUACCAUUGUUGAAGCAUAAAGCGAUUUGAUGCUCUUUUCACGUGGGUCAUUUCCGCCUUGUGCGAUAGUGAUUCUAAAAUUUCUGUCUUUGAAAAGUUUAAAAAAAAAGAUUCAGAUUUAGAGGAAGUGUAACAUACAUGGGUGCAGGGUUGUCAAUCUCUAAAUCCUUCGAAGCACGCGCGUUGAUUUGACUUUUCGAAGUCGCGCGAUAAUCACAUUUUUAUUUUUAAUCAACCAGUUAAUCAACCUCAUCAUUGAGUCUCCCUCUGUCUCUGUCAAACUUUCUAUGUAAUCGAAUAUCAAAUAAAAUAUGCAAUCAUAUACGCAUAUUGACUUAACACACAAAUAUAUUACAGGAUUAGGACAUAAAUUGUUUUUUUUUUAUUGAUUAUAAUAAUAUGGAGAAAGAGAAUAUGACAUAGACUAUAGACAGAGACUCGAGAAUUAAUUAUGAGACGCGAAUCACUGUCGUACACGGUAUAAUACGUAGUCAAAGCCGCGUCAUGUAUAUUCCACUGUCAUUUUUGUGCUAUAAUUUAUUGUCCACACGAGAUUAUAAUACAGUCUAUAGAUUCGACGAUCGACCGAAUAAGGCAUAUGUUAUUUUCAGAAAUUGCAUACUAAUCUAUUAUUAAUUACACUGUAAAAAAAAUAUGUAAUAUAUUACAGAAAAAUAUGUAAAAUUACAUAGAUAAUUCAAUGUAAUAUUACACGAUAAAUGACGAAAAUGCAUAAUUUCAUUAUUUAUAUUGUAACUUUAUAUACUUAUUAUUUGUACGUUGCUUAUUAUUUCGACGAUUCUGGUAUAAAGUGGCUUUGUUAGAAUUAUCGUUAUCACUUAUCUAAAGUAAGAUACGUAAGAUACAUAUUUUAGAAAUCAAAAGCAUUUAUUUGCAAACAAUGAGUUUGCCGAUAGACGAUAAAUAUUUGCGAGUCGAUCGUCGAGAAACUAGACUGUGUUUUUAGGAAUCAUUUCAUCAUUCUCGCCAGUUUGUCUUCAUCGUCCCUUCGAUGUGGGAAUCACUAACGUAAGGAUGUCCCGGCUAACAAUUAAAUCAUGAAAACUAGGAUGUCGUUGCGUUAUUAAUACGUCGCGCGGAUGUAAAUAUUAGAUUUAUAUUGUGUUCGAUUAUUUAUAUAGACGAAUAAAGAUCGAAACUCUCUCCUGUUUUUCAAGAACAA